AUUAAUGGAAGUAUUCACAUUGCCAAUUUUUCAGAAAUUAAACAAAUUAUAAUAAUGUUAAGAAGAAGAAAUAAUUGAACCUAUAGAUGAACCUGAACAAUAGCCAACUUGUGAAGAAUGCAAAAAGGUUUUUACCAACAAUUCUAAACUUUAAAGACACAUACGAGAGACCCAUUAAAAUUUGAAGUAAUUUCGAUGUGAAGAAUGUGGGAAAGAGUUUAAACGUUCUUAGCAUUUGAAAAGACAUUAAUUAACUCAUAGUGGAAGUCGUCCAUUUCAAUGUGAAAGUACUAAAUAGAUUUUGAGAUAGAGAUUGUCCUCAGAAGUUUACAUGUAAACAUCAUUUGAAAAGACAUACGUAAUUAAUCCAUGAGAUGAUAUCAUAUGAGUGUAAUGAAUGUAAAUAAAAGUUUACAAAGAAAAGAUAAUUAAAAAAACAUUAAUAGUAGGAUCAUCAAAAAAAAUAAUAGAAUGAUAAGAAUGAGUUAUUUGAGUGUUAAAAGUGUAAAAAAGUAUUCAUGAGAUUGAGAUCAUUGAAGAAACAUAAUUUAAUUAGACACAAAAAUAUAAGAGCAUUUAAUUGUGAGAAGUGUAAUAAGCGUUUUGCUCAUAAAUAAACUUUAAAAAAACAUAUAUAAAGGUGUCACAGUGAAAUUUGA